CAAUCUCUGCCAGUUGAAGAUCAGUUGUUGUACAGAGAGCACAUUGUGUAUGGUGUUCGUCAAUAAUAAAAGAGCUCUCUAUCAUUGCACGCGAACCAAGAAAGAAAAAAGUUUCUUUUCCUCAUCGGGAAGAGAAAAAAAAUCCAUCAUUAGAGAAUUGUGAACUAAUAUUGUGUCUCACAGUAGUUUUUCAUUAAUUUAUUUAUAAUAAAACAAAAAAAUAAUAAUAACCCAGUGUGUUCUUAAGAAGACGUUCAUUGAAAGUGAAGUGAAUUAAACAUUAAAUUUCCCAUUGAAAAGCAUAGAAAUAUAUAUAUACAUAUACAUAUUAAGAAAAAACGAUUUUCACAGGCAUUUUGUACCAGUGAAUAAAAGAGUUUUUUUUUCUUCUUCUUCUUCAUUAUAAAAGAGUGAAUAAUAAAUUAAAUAAUGUACUAAACGUGAAGAGUGAAUAUAUUUGAAAAAUUUACAUCAAUUAAUAGAGACAAUGAAUUGCAAUAAAUAUUUGCUAAUGGAAAUAAUAAAAGCACAACAACUUAAUAUAAAAUUGAUGAAGAAUAAUGCUUCUCUUCCUCAUACUUUUCACUUUUGAAUUUACCAUCAUUUUCUACGCAAACCUCCUCAAUUUUCAUGCAGAUUUCUUGUCUCUCUGAGAUACCAAUUCAACGAUUAUUAUUUAUAUGAUCACCUUCAUUGGACUUUUUGGAAAAGUGGAAGAAAAAUUAUACUUUCAUUAGGCAAACAAUGUGUCCAGACAAGUGUGAAGAACAGAGAUAGAAUAUGAAUUUCUAAUGGUGGUUUACAGUCAAGUGAUUUAUCUGCUUGGAGGAAAGUGUAUUAAUUUUUGUUUUGGCCUAAUUUUAUCUCAAUAACCCAGCAUCAAGAAUGAAUAAAAUUAAGAUGUAUAUUGUGCCGGAUCAAACAACUGAAAUCGACAAGGUGCUCUCGUCCAAGAUCAAGAAAUUCAGCAGCGAACGGAAUUUAUUCUUUGCUAAUUUAAAUAAUUGCAUAUACAGUGACUAUAGUACGACAAAAGUGGGGAAUGAGAACGCUGGUACAAAGGUGACUAAGAGCAAUUCGUUCUUGAAAGCAACCGAUGGAUGGCGAGGUACAUUGAUUAAGAAGUACAAAAGUACAAAAGAUCUUUUCCAAUCAUCCACAUCGGAUGCGUCACAAAUGAAGCCCGAGAAGGAAUGGAAAGAAAAUAAACCAAUUAAUCGUAUAAAUUCCUUCAAUUUGGAUGAAUUCGAUCGACACUAUCUCUUUUCGGAUAAUCGACGGAAUAUUGUGAAGGAGUUGAGGAAGAAUUUUGAAAAUUUUGCCAAGAAUGAGGAACUAAAUAAUAAAAGGCCACAAAUUAGUGGUAAGAAACCCGAAGUGGUUUCCUACAAAAAAUGUGACUAUACUGAGAAUCCCAUCCAACGGAAACUCAGUGAGAAGAUUCCUUCGAACUUUAUUGCCUAUGAUGGUGAUCUAUCGUACAAAAAUGAUCAGCCACAUGAGCCAUUCUAUCUUCAUGACAAAUAUGGAACUAGAAGUCGACAUAAGUUGAAUAGUGUUUUCUAUGGUGUGGCUGAUACUGAUGUUAAAAACAACAAUGCAACAAAGUAUGAUUGGGAAAAGGGGUAUCGGAAACCACCGGAGCCACCAAAAAGAAGUGUUUCCAUCAGGAAUGAAUUGAAUAAUUACGGUGGAUAUCCAAUACAGCGCAAUUCAACGCCAAAUUUGGAUGAUUUAUUCCGAUGCCAUGUAGUUAGUAAUCAAAAUUGUACCCCUAUCAAUGCAAUACGUAAUCCCUCAACGUUGAAAUACACACGAUUUCGAAGUGGAAGUGCCAACAAUGUGAGUGACUUAGACAUUGAGACUAUAAACAAUGAACUUCAAGAUUUUGUCGAUCCUCAGUGGAGUUCAUUCAAUUAUGCCCAGAGAGCACAAAUGCGUCGAUAUGGAAGCAGAAAGGAGUUAGAUUUGGAGCAAAAGAUCGACUUGGAGAUCAAAAUGCGAGAAGGCUCAGCUAAAUUGCUGGCAGCUUGCAAUAAUCCAAAGACAUCAGCAAAGGGUGCAGGGUAUGUUGGGAAUUCAGCAUCGAAUGCCAACAAUACGCAAAUUCUCGAGGCGGCGAAGAAUCUGCUGACGUCCAAUGAACGCAUGACAGCUUACAUGGCGGAAUUGCAGCGACGGAAGCGCGAUCGAGACACCACACAACGGGCAAAGCCCACCGGAAAGGUGUCCCUCAGUGAGAUCCGGAUGCCUCUUAUGUGGAGGGAUACGGAUCACUUCAAGAACAAGGGAGAUCACCGACGCUUUGCUGUGUUCUGUCUGGCCAAAAUUGGUACUGAGAUCUACGAUACGUCGCUUCUGUGUCCCGUGGACAGAAAUCUCACGGAUAUCACCUUUAGCGAUGCGAUUCUCUUUUCUAAUAUCACUCCCGAUUUCGAGCUGAAAUUGGAGGUGUACGCAGUGAUGAUGGAGUCUGACUUGUCGAUUGCGUCAACACCUCGAAAAAUUAAAAACACCAUUCACAGUUCAAUUAGUCGAACGGUGGGCAAAAGACUGGCUGCAAAUCUCAAAGAUGAACUGAAUAAUACAAAAAUAGGCCCAAAGUAUGAUUUAAUUGCUACAGCUCAUUUAACAUUGUCUGAUGCCUCGGAUCUACCUCACACACAUGAUCUGUGCCUCUCACCAAAUAACAGCACCAUGUCCCAGAAUCCUGGUGGGAAAUUGCCACUUUUUGGCCAUUUCUGCUGCCGUUUGGCUCUUCAGCCGGACGUAAUGGAGCAACCGGUGCUCAUGGGGGACCUGAGUCUGCUGGCCAAGGGUUCUUGUAGGCCCAUUGAUGGCUUUGCCAGGCUACAAGCAUUCCGACUGGAAGUGUGGGAUGAUGAAGAGACAAUGAAGGCCAACAUUCAGCCACGGAGGUGUUUGGAUGUGACCAGAGAUACAAAAUUGAAGCAGAAAGGAGAUACUGACUUUAUUUUGUCUAAUCUGGAAGAGGGAGCGCUCGAAGACUAUACGUUCCGGACAAAAUCGAUGACGGAACAAACAAAGUGGUUAGCAGCCAUAAAGAAGGCCAUAAAGGAGCAUCUGAUGUGGGGACAUAUAACACUUGCGUUGCCAAUGCAACUGGCAUCGCCAGGUAGCAAAAGUUACUUCACACGCUCUUCCAGACAGGGAUCUCUUUAUGAUCAAGUUCCAAUUUUCGAAACAAUCGAACCUCGUCAGCCUGCUCGACCGACAGUUCAGGAUAUUUUUGCUAUUCCGAAUUCCGUGGACACGUCGCCGACGCUGAGUGAUUUCCGCAAUCGUACAUACUCCUCCGGGCGUAGCAGUCACAGCAGCAAUAUGAGCAACGGCAGCAGUGUUGGCUCCAUCAAUUCCCGGCGUAGCCACUGGCCCUUUGGCGGUGGUAAAUGAACCACCUCCACCCUCAGCUCUGGAUUGAUCAAUUUCCUCUCACACAAAAAUUUCCGCGCGUAAUUUAAUUUCCAAUCCUUGAACCCUACUUCCCCUCUCUCCAUUUUACCAAUGAGAAACGGAAAUGACAGGAAAGAGCAAUAAAGUAUCUCCCUCGGUCCAAUUUUUGGCAAAAUUCCUUUUUAAUUUUUCAAUUUUUUUUCCUUUUGAUAAUAUUACAAUACCCUUUUCGUCUACAAGAUUUAAUUUUAGGUUUUUUUCAUUAUUAUUAAAUAUUUUGACUAACAAUAAAAUGAUGAAAGAGAUGAUAUUUAGCUAUGCAA